GGUUGGUUAGUUUUCAUUUAGGCUUCACAGGGUGGGUUCCGUUUAGAACCGAAAGAAAAACCAAUACAGCAUAAUUGCGAUGGGCUUUGUUGGCAUUGCAUUUUCAGAGCUGCACCCGUUAGCAUGUCAGGCAAAUCAAAUUUACGGUUAAAAUAAAAGGAUGUUACUAUUACUCUAUAAAAGUUAAACGAUUUGUAUGAAAUACCAAAGAAAAAAAUCGAAGAAAUCUAGACGAGUAAAUUGUAAGCAAUAAAAAGACGAAACCAGGAAAUAUGAGUUCAUCUCAAUGCUGGCAAAGGAAGCCUUUAAAUUUGGCUUUCUUGAUUUUGAUCAUCACAAUAUUAAGCCAUGAUCGGGGUUGCUAUGGUGCUGACACAAUAUUAGCCACAAAGAAGUCUUUACCCCUGCGUAUAACCAAGCCACAGCCAACUCCAGAGCAGCAGCAGACAAAAUUGGCAACGAAAUUAACAAGCACUUUGCCACCCACAACAAAUGCAGUUUCAUCUAGUUCAACCGAUGGUGAUGAUGAGGAUGGACGAAUCGCCUCACUUAUCUCUUCCACAACGGAGGGCAGUCUUAAUGAUGGCACAACAGCAGCGGGGGGUGGCAGUUUAGUACCCGAAAUUUGCCUAAAUGGCUUACAGUUGACCAUUAGUAAUCCAGAAGAGGAUCCUAUUAUCCAAAGGCAACAUGAAUUUGUGCAAAUUAUCGAAGGCGAUGUCAUGCUUAGUGUAUUGACCAAAGAUCCCGAUUCAGUUCUCUUUGUUAUCAAUCGUAUUAAUCAAGCCAAUUUGAUCAAGGCUGAUUUUGAAAUUGGCAUUAGAGCUAUUAAAAUUGAGAAUGAGGCAUCAACGGAGAAUCUUUUGCUACAGGAAGUGCAAUAUCUUCAGCAGUGUACCCAAUAUUCCAUGGGCAUUUUUAUGGACUUUGAUCUAUAUAAGCACUUGGAGUCGACAAUCAAAGAUUUGGAAUACAAUAUUUGGCCCAUUGCCGGUACUCGAGGACAUAUAUUUCCAAAAGUUGCUCACUUGUUGCAUCAAAUGCCAUGGGGUGAGAAAAUUGCAUCGGUGGAAAUAGUCACAGAGAAUCUGGAGAUGUAUAAUGAUUUCAUGGAGGCGGCCCGCCAGGAGCACAUGUGUCUGAUGCACUUUAAGAGUGAUGAGAAUGUUUAUAUAUUGUUUGGCAAUAAAAUGGCCAAUCAUUUCAAGGAGAAUGGCACCAUUUUUUCAGUGCCCACCGAGCGAACAGACGAAGAGUUUUUAGCAGAAUUACCCAAUCGUGCCUUUGUUUUGAUGGAAAACGAAAUUGAACUUCGCACCACCGAUCAACUGGAUCCCACACCCACCAGCCUGGAUGAGUCUCUGAUAGGCAAGAGUGUUGUGCCCUCACGUAUUCUGGCCUUUGCCAGCCCCAUAGUGGAUCUGAUGCACUGGCUACGUGGUUCUCUGGCCAAGCAUUGCAAACGUGAAGAGCAGCUCUAUGUCCUCGAAAGCUGUUUUAAUUUCCUAAACUUCAUUGAGGACUGGCGCACCUCGGAAUACCGUCAGUCACACGAAACUGGCGAACUUUUAGGCUUACUGUUAAUGCGGAAACUUGCCAGUUCGAUGAACUUUCAAAUGUACCAGAAGAAAUUGCAAACUCUGGAUAUCAUCACCGGCGAAUCACGCAUGGAACUACGUGAAAUUGCCUCGCAGAAUUUUGUGACCAAUGUGACGACCUAUUAUCACUACAAUCGAGAUAAUCAUACUAGUCUCGAGCUAAAGACGAAAUUCGGCCAGGUAUUCAAUUGCCAGUAUAGUGCGGGAAACAAUCGACGAUAUCCGUUCCUGUUCGAUGGCGAAUCCGUGAUGUUUUGGCGCAUCAAAAUGGACACUUGGGUGGCAACGGGACUGACGGCUGCCAUUUUGGGUCUGAUAGCCACGCUGGCCAUUCUCGUGUUCAUUGUGGUGCGCAUAUCGGUGGGUGAUGUUUUUGAAGGUAAUCCGGCCACAUCGAUUUUGCUGCUGCUAUCCCUGAUAUUGGUGUUCUGCUCGUUUGUGCCCUUCUCCAUGGAGUAUGUGGGCGAACAGAGAAACUCCCAUGUUACUUUCGAAGAUGCCCAGACACUGAAUACUUUGUGUGCCGUAAGGGUAUUCGUUAUGACUCUGGUCUACUGUUUCGUGUUCUCUUUGCUGCUAUGCAGGGCCAUAAUGUUGGCAUCGAUAGGUUCUGAAGGCGGAUUCCUAUCGCAUGUGAAUGGUUAUAUUCAGGCGGUAAUUUGUGCCUUCAGUGUUUGCGUGCAGGUGGGAAUGUCGGUGCAGUUGUUGGUAGUGAUGCAUGUGGCCUCGGAGGCAGUGUCCUGUGAGAAUAUCUACUAUGGCCGUUGGUUGUGGGGUCUGCUGUCCUACGAUUUGUUGCUGCUGUGCUGUGUGGCUGGCCUGAUCCCGUCGAUCUAUCGUUCACAACGAAAUUACCGUGAGGGUAUCCUUAUUGUUAUCGGAGCCGUGCUCAUACUCAUCAUUUGGGCAGCCUGGAUUGGUCUCUCUUUGUUUGGCGACGAGUGGCGGGAUGCAGCCAUUCCCUUGGGUCUCCAGGCAUCUGGCUGGGCCGUUCUUGUGGGCAUUCUAAUACCGCGAAGUUUCCUCAUAGUUCGUGGUAUAGAACGCUCUGAUAUUGCGCAGGCUUUACCAUCACUCACUUCGCUGGCCUUUGCCCAGAACAAUCAGUAUUCCUCAGAACAAAGUGUCUAUGAGUGUGUAAAUCCUGCCAUGCGUCAUUGCUCGCAGGAAGAAAUGAAUCAUCAGUCACCCAGCGAGAUACCCACCUUGCCCUUGCGCGGUGGAGGACCGCGUCGACAGCAGUUCUUUGCCAAUCUCCGUCAGGCCAAUGCAAAUAUCAAUCCACCACGUCCUCCGCCAGCUCGACCCCAUCACAGCCCUUCACGUUCAUCGGUCUCCUCGUUGCCCCCAUCGCCUGAUAAUAGCAAAAUAACAAGAUUUUGAAGGCCCAUAACUGUUUGUGUGAUGCACUUCUUCUAGUCAACGAGUUUGUUAAACAAAUGAUUAUUUAUUUUAAAUUAAUGACGAACCAAUAACUGCAUAUGAAUCAGAAAUCAUUUAAGACUUGAUUAAAUAAAUUAUAAAAUUUAA